AUGAAUGUACUAAACUGUCCGAUAAUUUCAACCAACGUGCGCGUUUUCCGUUUCUUUUCGUUCAUGCUAAAGGAGGACGCCAUGUGCUACGUUUGGAUCAUUCCGGUUGCGAUAAUCGAUUUGUUUAUGUUUACCAAUAUUUACUACUUGUGGGGAUAUUUCGAGGUUUGGAUAACCAAUGCAUUCCUCACUAUUUUGUUGUUCAAUGCGACUGCAAUUGAAGACCUCGCGGUGCAGAGAAUCAUAACUAGUCUCACUAAGCGCGCAAGAAUGCUGACUUUUUGCAACUAUGGCUUAGCAAUGUUGGUCGAUGUGUGCAUAUUAGCUUAUCCACUGUAUAUCGAGGAACGUAAAUUACCAUUUGAAAUCUAUGUUCCUUUCAUGGACGUCCGGAAAUCACCCAGUUAUGAAAUUGCCUACGCCAUUCAGGCAUUGUGGUUAAUUCCGGCCAACUGCAUGUACAUUCCGUUAAGUAAUUUUUUCUUCUCGGCGACUUUGUUCGGUUUAAUACAGAUUAAGACGCUGCAGCAUCAGCUGACCGUACUCAAAGCUAAUACAUUAAGAAAGUGUUCGAUAAAUCUGAACUUGACGAUCAAUAAAAUUAUCGAGGAUCAUUUGCGGAUCAUAACUUACAUCGAAGACAUUAAUUCGUUGCUUGGCUUCAUCUGCCUCGUUGAAUUUUUAUUGUUUGAAAUUAUGAUAUGCGUCCUAUUAUACCAUAUCUUUACGACAAAUAACUACAGUCAAAUUAUCGUAAGUGGAUGUUACAUCUUCGGAGCGACGGUGGAGCUAUUCGCUGUCUACUGGCACGCAAAUGAGGUUCGCGAAGAAAGCGUUCGAGUCGCCGAGGCUGCUUACAAUGGAUCAUGGAUCGAUAUGGAUAAGUCAGCCAAAAAGAAGCUCCUGCUGAUUAGUCUCAGAGCCCAGCGUCCGUUGGAGAUAAAACUGGGCAACGUUUUUCCGAUAACUCUAGAGAUGUUUCAAUCACUGCUGAAUACAUCCUACUCAUACUGUACGUUGCUGAGACGUUUUAAUAACUAA